ACUAUUAAUCUAGAGUCCAAAGGCUUCUGGGAGCGGCGGUUCGGCUCUGAAAAGAAAGCUCUGGGAGCAGGUAGUCCGACGAAGGACGGACUACGAUUCCCAGAGAUCUUCGCGCGAGUAGCGGCCGUUGCCGCUAGUUUACCUAGAUGGAGUCAACACUUUGGUUAUCUCACUGGAUUGUGAAGACAGGAUUAACUCUCUUUUGUCUACCUUUUGAUUGAAUUGAACACAAGCUUGAACCAGGUGGAGGAGCUCACGAACCCCUUAGUGAAUUCACACCCUACUUAGUGCUAGGUGAAAAGCCAACAAGAUACUUGGAGAGCUCCACCCAUUUUUCUAACUCAGUCAGAAACUUUGUGAAUUCUUUUAAGAGUUCACACCCUCAGAAACUGUGGACCCUUUUGAUGAGUAUUCACCCCUCCAGAACGUGUGAACUAGUUCCCACAAACACUGCCCACUGGGCAGUGCUAGACAAUUUAGAAGCUGUGAUUAGCCCCUGUGAAGAGGGGAGGAGAUGAGAAGCCACCAUAAAAGGCCCCGUAGCUAAAGGGAAGUCCACUACAAGAAAGGAGUUGGACUUCAAGAAGGAAGUCAGCUUAAGGAAGAAAGUCUGCUCAAGGGAAAUAAUCAGCUUCAGGAGUCACCUUCAGCUCUGGUCAUUGUCUUGACCUGCUUCUUGGAGGGAACUUGGAGUCUGAGCAGCCUCCCCCAUGGGGAAGAGAUACUUCUGCGAUUAUUGUGAUCGAUCCUUCCAAGACAACCUGCACAAUCGGAAGAAGCAUCUGAAUGGAGUUCAGCAUCUGAGAGCCAAGAAGGUCUGGUACGACCUCUUCCGAGAUGCCGCGGCCAUUCUGGUGGAGGAACAGAACAAAAGGCCCUGCCGAAAGUUUCUAGAGACAGGUCAGUGUGACUUUGACUCCAACUGUCGGUUCUCGCACAUGACGUCGGGGGACCUCGAGCUCCUGGCCGCCCAGGUCCACGAGGAGAGGCUGUCCAGGGAGCAGGACGUCGUGGAGGUGCCCGAGGGGGGCAUCGAAGACUGGCUGGAGAAGCGGGCCAAGCAGCGGAGCUCUGCCCAGAGCAGCAGCACGCUGUCAGCCAAGCCCGUGGUGUUCCAGUACCCACCGGGGUGGCCGCCCAUCCAGGAGCUGCCUCCGUCCCUGCGAGCCCCGCCGCCCGGUGGCUGGCCCCAGCAGCCCAGUGUCCAGUGGGGCUGAGAAGGCUCCCCCUGCCCUGACACAGAAGCUCUUCUAGACAUCCGGGGAGGUGGCAGGGUUCCACCCUAUUUCCUAGAUUGCAAUAAAAGGUGCCAGCCUGGCAAGGAGACA